GAAUCUAGAGGAUUGGUGUAGUGUAUUUUAACAGGGAGAGGGACCUACCUGGGGGACAUGAAUUAUAUAUAAGGGUAAUUUAACAGUCCAAGCCAGAGGUCAAGAAGACCAGAAUUACCUUGUGUACAAAAACUCUGCAUUAAUAACUGUUGGUUUUUCUCUUAUUACACAGUUAAUACAAUUGUAAUACUGUUAAAAUGAGGGAAAGGCCUAAGUAAGAGCUUUGAAAAACACUCUUUGCUGAGCACUUGGUGUUAUACUAGGUGCUUUAAAUAUUUUUUCCACGAUAUUGAAGUAUUGUGAGAUUCUUCACAACUGUUAAUUCUACUAUGAUAAGAGUUCUUGUUGUUUCUUUUACCCAAACUUAGCUCAGUGUCUGGCAAUUGUGUACACCUGGAAAGUGUUUGUUAAAUGAAAACAGGACACAGGGAUCCCAACUUACUAGGUUAGGGCUGUUUUUUUGGCCAUUUUUCUUUAUGACAUUUUAAUGGAACUCUAGAGACUUGUUUGGCCUCAGUUUCUUCAUCUUUAAAGUAUUUACUGUCUUUAUUCCACAGGAACAUGGAUAAGGAUAAACAAAAGAAGGCCUGUAAACAUAUUGGAAAAAUAUUUAAAGUCCUCAAAAACAUACACAGUAUGGAAGUAUCGUAGAAUCAUAAUAUUGAGAGAGAAAAAGCAAGCCUGGGAAGAUAACAUGUAGUUUAAUACCAGUUUUUAUAGAGUUCAAAGACAAAAUAAAAAUUAUGUAGGCAUGCAUAUGCAUGUGAUAAAAUUAUAUUUAAAAAACUACAUUAGAAAAAGAAGUGAGUGACAAAGACCCCAUUCAGGCACCUGUUUAUCUCAGCAGGAAGGAUGGGUGUGCCCUAGGAGAGAGACAACAUUAAAAGAUAACAAUUUGUUGGUAAAACUCUAGUUCUUGGGAUGCGUGGGAAUCUUUUAACUGAGCCAGUUGGCUACUUGGAAUCCUGUUUCUCAGCCAAGAAUGGUACUCCAAGGCAGCCAUCUGUUUGUAGCCAUUCGCGAGCUUGUUUGAGAAUUCGGAAGAGCAUCUUUAAUAAUCCUGAACAUUCCUUGAUGGGCUUAGAACAGUUUUCUCAUGUUUGGAUUUUGUUUGUUUUUCACAAAAAUGGUCAUUUGAGCUGUAAGGCAAAAGUGCAGCCUCCUAGGCUGAAUGGCGCAAAGACUGGAGUUUUCUCCACAAGGAGCCCUCAUCGUCCCAAUGCAAUAGGAUUGACUCUGGCCAAGCUGGAAAAGGUAGAAGGUGGAGCCAUAUACCUUUCUGGAAUUGACAUGAUUCAUGGCACACCUGUCCUAGACAUAAAGCCCUACAUAGCUGAGUAUGACUCACCACAAAAUUUGAUUGAACGUUUACAGGACUUUAAUUUACAGAAUAACCAAUAUAAGCAUCCAAACACGCCCCAGUCCGGUGGCAAGACUGACAGCUGUGACCAGCAACAGCUCUCAAGGUAUGAUAAACCACAACACUAUGGUCACACUGAGGAGAAACUUAAAUGUGCCGAAGACAGAACUUCAGGAGAAAACUAUAUGAAACGUGACAGCUCAACACAAAUCCGGCGAAACUCCCCUAAGCACAAGGAGAUAGUGGGGGAUUUGGGUGUCAAAUCCAGAAGUGAUCAGAGUCCAAGUGUGACAGAAGAGCAAAUCGGCCCAUAUUUCCUGGAGAAGAGCUUCUCAGAGGAAGGUACAGAAAGGAGGCAAAGGAGAGGGAAAGAAGCAGUGAUUGCACAAGGAAGUAGUACAGAGGUCCAGCCUGUGGUCCUUCACGGCCGUCCCAGGAGGGCUGAUGCAGCCCACUGCAGCGUGGUCCCCGCGUGGGUGAGAGAGGCCCCUGUGGCCACCUUGGAAGUGCGGUUUACUCCUCACGCAGAGAUGGAUCUUGAGCACCUCAGUUCAGGAGGUGUACCAGAUGGCAGUCAGUCUUCAUUUAAAUAUUUUCAAUCAGCAGAGGAAGCAAGGCACGCCAUUGAGGCUGUGUUGUCAGCUGACCCUCGGUCUGUAUAUCGACGGAAGCUCUGCCAGGAUCGCCUUUUCUACUUUACUGUAGACAUAGCGCAUGUCACUUGCUGGUUUGGUGAUGGCUUUGCAGAGGUUCUAAGGAUCAAGCCAGCUUCGGAGCCUAUUCAAAUGACUGACCCUACAGAAUCCUUGGUGUCUCUGGGAUCGUAAGUAGCCUCUAUCGUGUGUUUUAAACAGCCUAAUUGACUUUGGAUGGGGCUGUUCGAUUAUCUGUAUAAGCUAACGAUGUGCCGCCUUUGCAAAAAGAAGCAACACUUUGUGAUCUCAUUGCUUUGAUUGAUUUGGGUUGUUCAAAAUAUUUAUUUGAAAAACCUAUAUUUUAAUAAAGUGAGAGAUGUAAAAUUUAGAGAAAUUGCCAUAUGCUUUUCAGUUGGUUAAUGUUGAAGAAUCCAAAGGUGUUGAUGUCUCAUUGAUUUCUGAAAGAAGCUGAUUAUUCUUGGCACUUGGUAAAACUGGGCGGAGAGCAUUCUAGCAGGAACUUACAAGCUAAGGGGAUCUGUUCAACAAUUCAUACUGGUUUUCUUGUCUGGAAUAGCUUGACCCCUCUAUUUUAUUUUAAAUCAAACUGA